AUGUAUCCCAUUAAUGCCACAUUUAUUGAUUCGGAGAUUUGUAUAAAGGUUCCUCCUUGUGAUACUCAGGAAUUUUAUGGGGGUUAUGAGGAAUGGCCAUCAUUCCGCGAUAUGUUUACCGCCAUUUAUGGUAAUCACCCUCGAUUGACACAGGCUCAAAAGUUAUAUCAUCUAAGGAAUAAAACAAAGGGCGAAGCAGGUAGUAUUGUAGCUAAAUAUCCACUUUCAGAUCAGAAUUAUUUACUGGCGUGGGAAGCGUUAAGGGCGCGAUAUGAGAACAAGCGUAUUUUAGUAGAUAAUCAGUUGAAGAUUCUAUUUAAUAUACCAGCAGCAAAGGCUGAAAAUUGCGAAUCUAUUAACAGGAUUCAAACUACCAUUAGCGAUUGUUUAUCAAUUUUAAAGGCUCAUGGUAUACGAACCGAUUAA